GGGGGCAGAGAGGGAGCGCAGACAGGCGCUUGUCACAUUCCCUCCCUCACCCCCGGGGCAGGCUGGCGAGUCUCCUGUGCGAUCCGGAGGGAAAUGUAGAACAGGACGGACCGGUUUCGCUCUCAGCCCCGCACUCUCCCUGCCUGUUGGGAGCCUCUCCGAGCAGCUCUGAGCCGGGGGAACCUCUGCCUUACUCCGCUACAGCAGCCCGGGAACCUCUGUACAGCGACACUGCCCGGGAAUCGCACCUCUGCUCUCCUGUACAGCGACACUGCCCUGGAAUCGCACAUCUGCUAACCUAUACAGCGACACUGCCCGGGAAUCGCACCUCUGCUAUCCUAUACAGCGACACUGCCCGGGAAUCGCACCUCUGCUAUCCUAUACAGCGACACUGCCCGGGAAUCGCACCUCUGCUAUCCUAUACAGCGACACUGCCCGGGAAUCGCACCUCUGCUCUCCUGUACAGCGACACUGCCCUGGAAUCGCACAUCUGCUAACCUAUACAGCGACACUGCCCGGGAAUCGCACCUCUGCUAUCCUAUACAGCGACACUGCCCGGGAAUCGCACCUCUGCUAUCCUAUACAGCGACACUGCCCGGGAAUCGCACCUCUGCUAUCCUAUACAGCGACACUGCCCGGGAAUCGCACCUCUGCUCUCCUGUACAGCGACACUGCCCUGGAAUCGCACAUCUGCUAACCUAUACAGCGACACUGCCCGGGAAUCGCACCUCUGCUAUCCUGUACAGCGACACUGCCGCGGAAUCGCUGUCAACCUGUGUUGCGACUGUGCGGCGACUUGUCUCCUAGCUGGCGCGGUGACCCUGCGGGACGCAGUACCGGGAGUAAGGCGCAAGGUUGCUGGCUAUAAGAGAUGACUGUGCUCCUGUCCAUGAAUAGAUUCUGCAGCCCUAUUGCCCCCGAAGGUGCUACUGAUAUCCCCAAGUAUCAGAGCGACUGGGACCCCCAAAAUCACAGCCGCAUCGGCAGCUUGCCCGAUCAGAUCAAUGCCCAGCACCAGGACUACAGACUAUGUCACUCUCUUGCAGAGUCACAUUACAGGGGAAUUUCACAUCCAAUCACAACAUCCAAGAUCACAUACUUUAAAAGGAAAUAUGUAGAAGAGGAGGAUUAUCACCCGCCACUCAGCUGCUGUAGUCAUAAAAAUGUGUCCAUCUUUGAAGAACGCGCCCAUGUGCUUUACAUGUCCUUGGAGAAGCUCAAGUUCAUCGACGACCCUGAAGUAUUCCUGAGAAGAUCCGUCCUCAUCAACAACUUGAUGAAAAAGAUCCACGGGGAGAUUUUGCUGCAGAACAAUUGGUGUUUUUCUGCCUGCUCUCUGGGGGGACCUGCUGCCCAAGAGUGGUUUGUAGCUCAGGAUUGUCCAUACAGGAAACGCCUGCGGGUUGCUAAGGAAGAGAGUAACAGUCUGCAGACUUGUUGCUUUUACCAAGAAUGUGGCAGCCACUAUUUGAACAUUCCUUUCUCUGUUAGCACAACCGGAGGUAACCCAACAGCAUCUAGCUCCAGCCCUAGCUCAAUGCCUGGUUGCUCCCAUCAUGGGGAUUACAACGCGGCUGAUGCAACGUUCCACCGGAGCACUGGACAGUUUCCUUCAUGUGGGGGGUUGCUGACUAAUGCCAGACCACCAGGAAACCAACCAAAGGCACACUUACACAAUGAGAACUCAACUGAUGAUAAGAAAGGUGGUCUUGGCGCUGCUUAUGAUGUAACCAAUGGGGGAAGUGCCCUUGAACGUAGAGGUCGGUUCUAUGAUUUUCUGGCGGCGGGUUGUAAUGACAAGAGUAGCACAAGUGAGCCUUGGAGAAAAUCUCUAAGGAAAAAAGAGGUUUCUCCUGGCAAUAAACAUUUGCGGCAAAAAAAGUAACGUGGGAAGGACGGCUUUUAUAACAUGUUUUCCUUUGGUGUCUGUAAUUGAAGUAAGUAAGUAAUGUUAUGCAGUUAUCAAGGCUUUUGCAGUUUUAUAUGGUGAACCUACGUAUUCUAAAUCGCUGAAGGUACUGAGAAUAGUUCUGUUUUUUUUUUUAAUAUAUGUAAAGAAAUGUUGGGUUGGGGGGGGUUGUACAAAUUCCUAGUAAUACACUAAUAUUCUUGCCCCCACCAAGCAGGUGGUUAGUGUAUUUUUUAAGGUGCAUUUUUAUGGAGGGGACUGCAAGUAUCGCAAAAGAGCACAAUUGGACCAGACUCAUUUUCUGUCUUAGCACUUGUAUUUUGUUCUUCGGUUUGGUCAAAAAAUUACAUUAUAAUGCAAAGCACAUUAAAAAAAAGUAGUUUUUUUAUAUCUUUGCUGAUAUGAAUGUCAAAGAGCUCACAGAGCUAGGGUCCCUAUGUAAGCCUUUGCACGCUCAUUGUCCUCUAUGUAGGGAUGCAGUAGACUGGUCCAUCUGACACACUCGCCCACAACCAUUCCUCCCUUUUUAUGAAUGGUGUGAACCCAGUUUGUACCAUUUGCAUUAAUAUAAUCUGCUUCAUCCAGAGUAGAAGUGGCCAAGUAGAAGCCUGUCAAGGUACCAACGGAUCUCCCAGUGGGCUCCAGUCAAGGAUCUUCUUAUUUCUACUA